GUUUUCUUUAUAUCAUUCAAGCAUUUCUUUUGCUCACGAAUAUUAUAUCUGACUCUAGUGCAGAAUAGUGAAUUAGGGAAAAGAUUUAGAUUUAGACACAUGCGGACUUCGAUAUGAGCGACUAUAAGAAGAAAGUUUUUUUUUUGGUAUAUUUAACCUUAUUUUCUUUCUUUUUACUUUUUCCCCACGUUUAAUGGACGAUAAUCCGAUUACGAAUAGUGACGCAAAAAGGCCACUGAAGGAACGUUUACUGAAUUCACAAAUUGUAGCAUGUAUUGCUGGUUCAGUCAUUCUAUUUUGCAGCUUUGGAAUAAGACAAACAUUUGGUGUGUUCUUGAUCCCGGUAACAAAAAGUACAGGGUGGGAUCGGUCUACAGUUUCAAUUGCUGCCGGUUUAUUUCAAUUAUUCUGGGGUCUAUCUCAACCAUUUGUUGUAUACUUUGCUGAAAGAAAAUGGGGAUUUGGUAAAUGUAUCUUCUUUGCCAGUGCAUGUUAUGCUGCAGGACUGUUUAUAUUAUACGCCUCCAACAAGUCGUCAGGAUUAUUCAUUUUUGCCUACGCAGUUAUUGUUGGAAUUUCAGCUGCUGGUAACUCGUUUCCAGUCAUUUUGGCCACCAUCGGAAGAAGAUUUCCUCAACAAUCAAAACAACAAGCGAUAGCCUUUGGUUUGGUUUCUAGUUCGGGAAGCUUCGGACAAGUAGUUUUUUUACCUAUUGCAAGAGUUAUGGUAGUAGCUAUUGAUUGGCAAUUGUCCUUUGUCGUACUCGGUAGUAUCAUGGUUGUAGUACUUCCUUUGUGUUUCUUUUUGCAAUCAGUUCCUGCAAAACCUCCUUUACCAGCAGCUAUUGUUGAGAAAGAGGAGCUUCUUGAGGACAAGAAAGUAGUUAUACAAGUAGAAGAAAACAAUAAAAUCAAACCCGAAGAGCCAAUUACGGAAGAUACCUUUUCAGCACCAGACAUUAAAACUGCACUGAAGGAAGCAUUCGCUUCACCCAUUUUUAUUAUGAUCUGUUUAGGUUUCAGCGUCUGUGGAUUUCAUGUAUCAUUUUUGGCAACACAUUUACCUGCUUAUCUGCAAGAUCAAGGCAUCGAUCCUUCAUUGGCGGCUUGGACUAUGUCAAUUUUGGGCGCUGGAUCAGUGAUAGGAUCUAUAGCCACAGGGUUUAUAACAAACUACCUCAGUCCUCGACUUUGUUUGACACUACUCUACCUGAUACGUGCUAUUCUUUUUAUCAUUUUUAUCUUUAUUCCAAUCUCAAUGACAACUGUCAUGAUAUUCUCUUGUCUAUUUGGUUUCUUUUGGUUAUCAACAGUGCCUCUCACUACCAAAUUUAUUGGUGAUGUCUUUGGACAUCGCUAUUUGGGAACAUUAACAUCGAUUGCUUUCAUAGGGCAUCAGAUUGGUGCAUUCCUUGGUGCAUAUGUAGGCGGCCUCAUAUUUGAUAAAACACAUAGUUAUAUGUCCCUAUGGUACGCCUCUUUAGCGCUGGCCGUAUUUGCGGUCGUAGCCAAUUUCUUUGCCGGCGAAGAUCCAAUCAACUUUAGACGAAGAGGAUUAUAAGCUAACUCUUUCAUAAUGACUAAUACAUAAAGUUUUAUUUUCUGUAAUUUAUAAAAACCUUGUGGUCACAAUAAUCUGCCAUAUGUUAUGACUCAAUCUGGCGUAAUUAUACCGUUUGUAUUGAGUUGUUCUGUUUUAAGUCACAAAAGUAUUGUUUGUGUGACUAUUGCCUACUAUUUAACUUAGAAGGAUUUUUAACGCUAUUUUGUUUUUCUUCUCUUUAUCAACAUUU